CAGAAAAGAAAAAAAAAUGGAAAACCUUAUUUAACCACGACUAACGUAGUCGUUAAACCAAAUUAUUAAAAAUACGCCCGAAGAAGAAUCACUCGACACGGGUUCCCGUGUUCACUCCAGUUGGCUCACAAUAUUUCCUUCUCUCACCCGUUUUUUUGUUUUUUUUUAAAGAAACCAGAAAAGGAGAGAGAGCAAAACAGAGAUAGAGGUAGAGCUAGCUAGGGUUUAUCUCGCAUCAAAUAUUUUCGAAAAAUCUCUAGUUGAAAUCUGGAGAUCAAUGGCGUGCGUUUAUAUACCGGUUCAGAACUCAGAAGAGGAAGUGCGGGUGGCUUUGGAUCAGCUUCCACGAGACGCUUCUGAUAUUCUUGAUAUCCUCAAAGCUGAACAAGCUCCUCUUGAUCUUUGGCUCAUCAUCGCGAGGGAGUACUUUAAACAAGGGAAGAUUGAACAAUUUCGACAAAUUCUCGAAGAAGGAUCCAGUCCUGAAAUAGACGAAUAUUAUGCUGAUGUUAGAUACGAGAGGAUUGCUAUCCUAAAUGCUUUAGGGGCUUACUACAGCUACCUUGGAAAAAUUGAGACAAAACAAAGAGAAAAAGAGGAACAUUUUAUUCUGGCUACUCAAUAUUACAAUAAAGCGUCAAGAAUUGAUAUGCAUGAGCCUUCGACUUGGGUUGGCAAAGGUCAGCUUCUCCUGGCAAAAGGUGAAGUAGAACAGGCGUUUGCUGCGUUUAAAAUUGUUUUGGAAGGAGAUCGUGAUAAUGUUCCUGCUCUUCUUGGUCAGGCAUGUGUUGAGUUCAACCGCAGUCGUUAUUCUGAUUCAUUGGAGUUAUACAAGAGGGCCUUGCAAGUAUUUCCUAAUUGUCCUGGGGCCGUCAGACUCGGUAUUGGUCUCUGUCGAUAUAAAUUGGGUCAAUUUGAAAAAGCUAGACUGGCAUUUCAGCGGGUUUUACAGUUAGACUCAGAAAAUGUUGAAGCUCUUGUUGCACUUGCAAUUAUGGAUUUGCAAGCAAAUGAAGCUUCUGGGAUUCAAAAAGGAAUGGACAAAAUGCGUAGGGCUUUUGAGAUAUAUCCCUAUUGUGCAAUGGCACUAAACUAUCUAGCAAAUCACUUUUUCUUCACUGGCCAACACUUUUUAGUGGAGCAACUGACUGAAACAGCUCUUGCUGUCACCAAUCAUGGACCAACAAAGUCACAUUCUUAUUAUAAUCUAGCACGCUCUUACCAUAGCAAGGGGGAUUAUGAAAAAGCUGGGUUCUAUUACAUGGCAUCUAUCAAGGAAAUCAAUAAGCCCCAUGAAUUUGUAUUUCCGUACUAUGGUUUGGGACAAGUGAAACUAAAGUCAGGAGAUUUUAGGAGUGCACUUUCAAACUUUGAAAAAGUUUUAGAGGUUUACCCUGAUAACUGUGAGACAUUGAAGGCUCUUGGGCACAUAUAUGUUCAGCUUGGUCAGGUUGAAAAGGCCCAAGAAUUUAUGAGAAAGGCCAUAAAAAUUGACCCCCGUGAUGCACAGGCAUUUCUUGAUCUUGGUGAGUUGUUAAUUUCAUCUGACACAGGAGCUGCUCUUGAUGCCUUCAAAACAGCACGUUCUCUAAUGGAAAAGGGAGGUCAAGCUGUGCCAAUAGAAGUGCUCAACAAUAUUGGCGUUCUACAUUUUGAAAGGGAAGAGUUUGAGCUAGCCUUGGAAAGUCUCAACAAGGCUCUGGGAGAUGGUAUAUGGCUUAUAUUAACUGGGAAUAAGCCAAAAUCCUAUGUUAUUGAAGCCAGUGCAUCUAUCCUUGACUACAAGGAUAUGCAGUUAUUUCAUCGACUGGAAGAAGAUGGUCUUCCUGUAGAACUACCCUGGAAUAAAGUAACAGUUGUAUUUAACCUGGCCAGAUUACAUGAGCAGUUACAUAACACUGGAACUGCAAACAUAUUGUAUCACCUGAUAUUGUUCAAGUAUCCAGACUACGUUGAUGCUUAUCUGAGGCUUGCUGCCAUAGCAAAAGCUCGAAGUAAUCUUCAAUUAAGCAUUGAACUGGUUAAUGAGGCACUGAAGGUGAAUGACAAAUGCCCCAAUGCGUUAUCUAUGCUUGGUGACUUGGAGCUUAAGAAUGAUGACUGGGUUAAGGCAAAGGAAACAUUUCGUUCCGCAAGUGAUGCAACUGAUGGGAAAGAUUCCUAUGCUAUUCUUUCUCUGGGGAACUGGAACUACUUUGCAGCAAUUCGCAAUGAGAAAAGAGCUCCUAAGUUGGAAGCUACCCAUUUGGAAAAAGCCAAGGAACUCUAUACAAGAGUCCUUGUUCAGCAUACAGCUAAUUUAUAUGCUGCUAAUGGUGCUGGAGUGGUUUUGGCUGAAAAAGGUCACUUUGAUGUUUCAAAAGAUAUUUUUACUCAGGUUCAAGAAGCUGCAAGUGGGAGUGUUUUUGUCCAAAUGCCAGAUGUGUGGAUAAAUUUGGCUCAUGUUUUCUUUGCUCAAGGAAAUUUUGCUUUGGCUGUAAAAAUGUAUCAAAAUUGCUUGCGGAAGUUCUAUUACAAUACAGACUCUCAAAUUCUUCUCUACCUUGCUCGGACUCAUUAUGAAGCUGAACAAUGGCAAGAGUGCAAGAAAACUCUGUUGAGAGCCAUCCACUUAGCUCCGUCAAAUUACACACUAAGGUUUGAUGCAGGAGUAGCAAUGCAGAAGUUCUCGACAUCAACAUUACAGAAGGAAAAGCGAACUGCAGAUGAGGUACGUUCAACAGUUGCAGAGCUAGAGAAUGCUGUUCGUAUAUUUAGUCAAUUGUCUGCUGCAUCCAACCUUCAUCUUCAUGGAUUUGAUGAGAAGAAGAUUAACACCCAUGUUGAGUACUGCAAACACUUGCUUGUAGCAGCAAAAGUUCACCGAGAAGCAGCUGAGCGUGAAGAGCAGCAGAACAGGCAGAAACAAGAAGCAGCUCGUCAACUUGCAUUGGCUGAGGAAGCCCGCCGUAAGGCUGAAGAGCAAAGAAAAUACCUGUUGGAGAGAAGAAAACAAGAAGAUGAGCAGAAAAGACUCCAGCAGGCAGAGGAACAUUUUAAGCGUGUACAGGAGCAAUGGAAGAGUAGCACCCCUGCAUCCAAGCGAAGGGAAAGGUCUGAAGUUGAUGAUGAAGAUGGUGGGCAUAGUGAGAAGAGAAGAAAAGGUGGAAAGAGGAGAAAGAAGGACAAGAAUAAAUCACGUUAUGAGAGGGAUGAUGAGGAACCUUACAUGAUGGAUGAUCGGGAAGAAUUGGGAGAUGAAGAUGCCAACAUGAAUUAUGGGGAAUCCACAACACAGAUGAAUGAUCAGGAUGAUGACAAUGGAGAAAAUGCUCAGGAUCUUCUUGCUGCUGCUGGAUUAGAAGAUUCUGAUGUGGAGGAUGAGGCGGCUGCCGCACCUUCAUCAGCUGCAGGACGCAGGAGGCGGGCAUGGUCAGAAUCUGAUGAUGAUGAACCUUUACAUAGGGGGACAGAGUCGAGUCCUGUCAGAGAGAACUCGGCUGAGCUACAGGAGAGUGAUGGAGAGAUUAGGGAGGAUAACAGUAAGCUAAAUGGAGGUGGUGGGCUUGAUGAGGAGGAUUGAGGUGGAGCAAACGGGAAGUAGUUCAUUUGUUUUGAUUGUGGAGGGGAUCACAAUGUUGUUUAUAGAUGAUGCCGUUUUUUAUUUAAGAGCCAAUCUUCAUGUUGUACAUUACAGUGAUGUUAAUAGACAUCUUUCUUCAAAUCUUUUAAGGUUCCUUGGAAGCCGUGGGUUCACCAAUGUAAGUGAAAGUAUUUCCACGUUAGUGUAAUAGAGCCAAAGCCCGCACUUGUAUUC